CACCUGGCCUCACACAUGGUGCAAAGUUUAAAUGUUUCUGGCAUUGUGAAUGCCUUUAAGUUAUUGUGGAACCCUAGUCUUGCUAUGCCACAUAUUAUUGUCAAAGAUAUGAGUUGUAUUAAUUAUGCAGCUUUAAAAAAGCAAGCAAAUAUACAAGCGAUUGGAUUUGAUAAGGAUAAUUGUCUAACAGCACCCUAUGUCUCUAAUAUACAUCCACCAUUCGAGAACGCUUGGGAGGAAUGUAAAAAGACAUUUGGUAGAGACAAGGUGAUGAUUGUUUCUAAUUCUGCAGGCACAAAGGAUGAUGUGGGACACAAAGAUGAGACAAUAAACAUUUCUAUUAUACAGGCCCAGCAUUUAGAAGCAUCCCUAGGCGUUACGGUGUUACGGCAUGAAGAAAAGAAGCCAGAUGGAGGGCAUCACUUGGCAGACUAUGUAAAGCCAAUCAAACCAGAACAAGUGGCAUUUGUGGGUGAUCGCAUCUUGACAGAUGUCUUAUUUGGCAACCGUAACGGAAACUUGACUAUUUGGACAAGCCAAGUUAUUACUGAAGAAGGCGAUAAUAAACCAGCUCUUUUGGUAAUAAAGACACAUUGUCACUUAAAGAAUAAAAAAAGACUAACUAUAGUAUUUAGAUUCGAAGAUUGGAACACCACUUGA